GACGUCACUUCCCAUGCGCCAAAGGCUCCCCCCUUUAGCAGUCCUCUAGCCGUCCUGUUGUCGCAUCGGCUUCGAAUGGUGGCAGGACCCGGAUGUUGAUUCCUUCCCUGAGGUGGGCCGAGAGUGGUCUGCGUGCUGCAGAGGUCCAUUAUGUCAAAACGCAAGGUAACCUUUGAAGACCAAGGUGAUGAAGAUGAAGAGGAAAUGAGUUUGCCAAAGAAGAAGCUUGUAGAACCUGCCAUUGGUGGGCCAGGUAGUCGUUUUAAGGGCAAACACUCAUUAGACAGUGAUGAGGAAGAUGACGAAGAGGAGGAAGGACGAGGCAGUAAAUAUGACAUCUUGGCAUCAGAUGAUGUGGAGGGGCAGGAAUCUGCCACUAUUGACUACGAAGAUGGUGUUCGGAUCACCCCAUUCAAUUUGCAGGAAGAGAUGGAAGAAGGCCAUUUCGAUUCAGAGGGCAACUACUUCUUGAAGAAAGAGGCAAUGAUUCGUGACAACUGGUUGGACAACAUAGACUGGGUCAAAAUAAAAGAACAGCCUCCUGGUCGGAAGAAACCACCACUGGAUUCUGGGGAAGACAACGGCGAAGGUGACGAAGAUGACCUUGAAAUUGGCCAGACACCUUUAGGGAAGAAGGAGCUAUUAGAAGGGAUGGUGGAUUUGGUGCAACCUGGCGAGACGGUGGCCAGAGCCAUUCAAAGGCUUGGAGAUAGAGGUGGGCCCAAGAACAGUGGGCGUCAGCAGAAGCCCUGGAGCCGCCUCAAGGCAAACGAAGCAGAGCAAGCUGAGCAAGGGGAGCCCCAGAAGAUUGGGUCGCCAGAGCGGAAAGAGCAGCUGGAGCGCCUGUCUGGGCUGGCUGACCAAAUGGUGGCUCGGGGCGUGUACGAGAUCUACCAGGAGACCCGGGAGAAGCUGGCGCUGAGGCUCCGGGCAUUGGAGCAUCCUCAUGUAGCACCUUCCGGUGCUGAGCCGGAGCUUGAUAUGUUUGCCGAAGAUAUUGAUGAAGCAAAACUGGGGGAGAAGACGCCGGCAGCAGGAAGCGAGGCUCAGCAGCAGGAUGAUGAUGACGACAACUCUCUCUCUGAGGUGAUGUGGGAAUAUAAAUGGGAAAACACAAACUCAUCCGAACUCUAUGGCCCAUUUAGCAGCUCACAGAUGCAGGACUGGGUGUCCCAGGGCUAUUUCCCUGACGGGGUUUACUGCCGGAAAGUGGAAAAUUCUGAGGGCCAGUUCUACAACUCCAAGCGCAUUGACUUCGACCUCUACACGUGAUCGGAACCCACCUCCUGCCCCUCGGAAUGCAAGACAUGGCACUCAACCCGGUGGCAGAAUGAAAGACCUUGCCGGACUUUAGGGGGUGGGGGCUGAGGAGGGGAGGGUUUUCUCUGUGUGUAUGUGUGUGUGCGCAUUCGUGUGUUUGCAGAGAAGAGAAGAGGCUUGAUUCAUCAUUAAUCCUGGAGGUGUUUCAGAUUUGUGGAGAAAUAAAAGAAUCAGCCUGA